AUGUUUCUGAUGACAGUAGUAAUGUAUGGUGCUUGGCCUUGGAAGUUUAACUCCAAUAAUUGGGUGGAGCUGAUGUGCAAGAUCGCGUUGAUAAUUCUGUUGAUGCUAACCACCUCUUUCAUUGACUUGCAGAGCGUCUCUGAGUCGGAGCGUGAGCAGAUGAAUGAGGUUUGGGCUCACAUAAUAAUUGUCACUUUGACGGGUGCUUUCGCGUUUGCCCUUGUAUUGUUUCUGAGGGACAUCAUCUCCUCAAUGCAGCACAUCCGUGUAAAGCAAGUCCGAAAAGCACGGGCCAUGUGGCAUCUUCGCGAUAUGUCGCUAGCGUUAUUGAUGAUGCCAGAGAAAGAGUAUGCGAGGAGGUUGUCUGCUAUUGGUGACAGCGAUCUGGCCCUGCUAGCGGAGGUGAACAAGAACAUCAAGAACGUAAUUUUCGGCCAGCAAGAGGAUUCACGAUGGAUUAAGCAAAGGCUGAUUGCCGGAAAGCCGCGCGAGGUGUGGGAACACGGCCAGAAAGUGCUUGAAUUCCUUCGGAGUUCAAAGACCGGCCGCUUGCAAGAGAGAUUGGAGCAGAGCAUGGGGUUUCGCAGGCACGUGUUGAACCUAGCCAGGGCCAUAUCCAAAUCGGGGUGGAAGGAGCGCGCUGACGCAAUGGAAUCAGAACAUCCUUCAGCGUUUUUGGAUGCAGUCGGGCACCGCAGCAGCAUCAAGAGGCACCAUGCCGCAAUCCGGGACAGCAUCGCGAUGGAACCUUGCCUGGAGCCACGAAGCGGGAUCAUUGGGCGGGUGAAGAACAAGAUCUUUCCGCAAGCAGAGCUACUGACACAGCACGAGUUCAAGAACAAGAUCGCGAGCUUUGAAGGCCUGAGUAUGCCCGAUGAGGAAAUCGAUAUUCUCUUCAGCGUCCUGGACAGUGACGGGUCGGGCACUGUUACUUACCAGAAGAUCACGGAUUUGCUUGCGGCUUUGGCACCUGAACAGGUGUUGCGCGCAAUGGACCUUGACGAUGAAGACGACAAUGUGUCUGCCUCUGAGAGUUCGGGCGACGAGGAGAAGGAGGAGAAGGAGGACUGCCCCUCAGAAAGCGGGUUCGGCGGCAAUGUGGCUUGGGGCUUGGCGGUCUUGCAAGAGUGGGCGCGGACGUGGCCGACCUCGUCGCCCCUGUCAGACGUGACAAUCGGCAACGAUCGGUCUGUAGAGGCGGAUAUCAAAGUCGAGCUCUGAAUGGCCCGCGCACGUCACCAUGAUCGCACGAUCCCCCUUGGGAAUGGGGCUUUUAGUUCCCGACGCAGCCCAGUGAUCCUUCUCCGUCUCUUCCGGAUUCCCUUCUCCCUUCUCCCUCCUCCUGUUGUUGCUGAUUUUUCCUCCCCUUUCCAGAUAGGAUGUGCGAGUGUCAGACCCGCUGCGCCGGUCUAAGCCAAUCACCGAUGAGUUGGAGUCCCGAAACGGUGCGGUGACAGACCGUGCGGUGACUUCGAAAUCCCCCAAGACCUCACCCGCACGUCGCCCGAGACGUCCUCGGAGAACGACCCGAGUCCCAAAACCGUGCGGUGACCCCGAAUCCCCACCGAUUGACCACCCCGUUUGUGGGCCCCCGGGAUGAGGGCAGCGGGCGCUGCCCCGAAGCUUUGGACUGGCGUUUUUCCUGGUGCGCCUGCCUCUGUGCCAGGCCCGCUUCGUAUCACCCUUGAGCUGGCCUAGGGGAGGAGAAGUAGCUGGACG